AUGACAGCUUCUGCUCCAGUCAUCAGGUGCAGCUACACGCAAGCCUUGGAACGCGAGCUGCGAUCCAGUUCUAGAACACUCCGCACUCUGGACGACAGUUGUGCUGGGCUGGAGCAGAAGCUCGCGGAUCAGACGAAGAAUGCCGUGGAAGUCUUGGCCGGCCGCCUGAAGGUCAAGCUGCGCUUCUCUGCCUUCCGAUGCUUCAUGGCCUGGCGCCAAUGCCUUGUGUUCGAAAAAGCCAGCAGGUGGCGUGAAGCAGAGGCCCAGCGCAUCUUGGAGGAGUCGGAUGCUCAACUCCUGCGCUUGCAAGGCCGAGCCUUGCAAGGCUUCCGCGCGGCCAAGCAGCGGGCGAUUGGUUUGGAGCAUGUUGGGGACAUGCUCUUUUUCUACAGAAUGAAGAUUCUGCAGGUGCAUCUUUUCAUGUCCUGGAGGCUGCACUGCAAGGCAGAAAACUUCUCGAAAGCCUGGCAAACCCACAAGACGGAGCUACGAGAGCGUCGUCAGGAGGUCAUUCGGCAAGCGCUGGAAACAGACGAGGCGCAGGAUGCGAUCGAAGACAUCGAUGGCACUUCGGAUGUGCACAGCCCGGUGGACAAGCAGGCACGUGGCCAAGAGGACACGCAGGAUCAGCUUGCUCAGCUGCGCGCGUUGCAGGCAGCCGCAGCCCAGGAUGCCACCGCCCGCGCGGUGCGCCGAGCUGACGACGAGGCGACGCGGGCAAGGAGAGAGGCCCAGGAGGCUGCAGAGCGCUUGCGUUUGGCGCAGCUGGAAGCUCGGGAGUGGCUUGCUGCGUUGGACGCAGCCAGACUGGAACUCGCGAAGGCGCAGAGUGCAAAUGAAGGUGGCGUGGCUCACGAGGCCGUCGAAGAAGCCGCUGAGUAUUUGCAAGAGGUAGACGCUGCGAAGUUGCGUGCAGAUGCAGAAGUGGCCCAGCUGCAGAAGGCGGCUGCAGAAGCCGCCAGCAGAGCUGCGGAGGCCGAGGAGGUUCUCGAGAAAGCACAAAGUGCCGCUACAGCUCAGCUGCGUGCCGUGGAAGCUCGCAAAGCUGCGGAGGAGAAGGUGGCAAGCAAGGCCCGCGCAGCGGUCGAGGCAGAGAAGAAAGCUAAGCAGCGUGCGCAGGCUAUGGCAAAGAAGGAGGCCAAGGCACUGCCUGCGGAAGCGGCCGCAGCUGCAGGCGGAGACGUCCAAGCCCAGGAUCCGGUGGGCGCAACGAAGAGCGCACGAGAAGCUCCCAUGGCGGUGCUGGCGGAGCAUUUUGUGUCGGGACAAGCCGAAGCAAUCGGGCGAGAGCCGGAAGUGCUGCAAGAGUCACCACCGAAGGAUGACGGUCAGAAGGAAGAAGCCCUGCGUCGAGAGGAGGCGAGACAGAAACAGGAGAAGGAGGAAGUGCAGCGAAGGGCAGAAGCAGAGAAAGCAGAAGCAGAAGAAGAAGAACGCCGGAAGCAGGAAGACGCCCGGCGCGAGGAGGAGAGGCUACUUGAGGAGGAAAGAAGACGGCAUGUCGAAGACAUGCGCCGAAAAGAAGAGGAGGAGCUCCGUCAGGCCGAAGAGCGGAGAAGGUUUGAGGAGGCCAUGGAGGAGAACCGGCGGCGCCUUCGGGAAGAGGAAUUGGAAAGAGAUCGCCAGAAGGCAGAGCAACUCGCGGACCGAAUGAGCGCCGAGCGGCAACAGGAGCUUCUCAGCAUGUGCGUCAACCUUUGGCAGGAAGAAACGCAUGCGGCCGCAAGUGAGCGACAACGCUUGGAGGCCAAGCGUAAGCACGAAGCGGAAGUGCGACGGAUGAAAGAGGAGGCACUUGCAAAGGCCGAGCGGGCGGCAGACUCCAUCGCUGAAAAGAUGUACAGGCAGCACUGCGAGCUGCUGCUACAAGACGUCUUCAGUUGCUGGUUCGAGGACUACAAACAGGCGAUGGCAGAAAAGAAGGAGGAAGCAACCAAGAAGGCAUACCAGGAGGAAAAGAAGCGUUUGCAAAAGGAAAGAGAAGCGCAGGCAGCGGAAGCCGAGACCAAGCGGGUCGAGGCCGAGAGAAAGGCAUUGGCAGAACAGCAAAAGCUGAAAGAGCAGGCGGAGGCCGCUGAGGCUGCACGUCGGCACCAGGAAGCUGAACUGCAGGCCUUGGAGCAGCGAACUGCCGAGCGGCUGGCAGCAAGGGAGGCAGAGAUGAUGGAGAAGCAGAAGCAGCAGCAGAACGCGCCUCUCACGCAGGCGGACAAAGGGCUCAAUCAAGAUGAGGACAUGAAGCGUGAGGCGAUCAAGGAGCGGGAGCUCGCUGCACAACGGGAGGACUUGGAGCGGCAGCGCCGCGAACUGCAGCUGCAGCGCGACGCUCUGGAGAGGGAGGCCCUCGAGCGGCAGCAAGCAGCGUUGCAACAGCAGCGCGGGGCCGGGGAACAGGACCACCGUCCGACUGCCACGCAAAGCCAGCCUGAGGAAGCGAGAUCUGUGCAACAGCACACAGAGCAGGUGCUGCCAAGUCAGCAUCUUGACAUUCAACGCGGCGCUAUGGAGAGUGAGGUGUUCCAACGCCAGCAGCAGAUCGCAGCGGCUGAGCGUGAGGCCCUUGUGGAACAGAUCAAGGCAGCCAGGCAGCAGCAGGCACUGGAGAUGGAAAUGCUGAAGGAAAAGGUCUCUGAAGCAGAGGAUGCACGAAAGAAUCAGCAGGCGGAACUGGAGCGACUCAAAGAGGAGGUCACCAGAGGCUCCGUCUACCAGGAGAUCCUGCAGCACUUCAAGUUGACCCCUGCAGUUCAUGUGCAGGAGACACCACAGGCGCAUGUCGCGAAAGCUGCCCCAGUAGUGCAGGUGGGCGUGACCCAGACAGCAGAGAUCUCUACACGCAGCAUUUCCGUCGAGGCGGUUCCGGAGAUUCCAAAGCUGAGCCGGCCGCGUCGACCUGAUCCGCACUCAAUGGAACUAGGACUGCAGCAGGCUAGGAUGCUGGAGCGGAUGCUGCUUAAGGUCGUGGUUCAGGGAUGGCAGGCUGCCGUCUUCGAGCGCUGGAGGCUCCCGCAGGAAAUCCGCGUCAGGCAAGUUCCAUGGCAAACCCUUCCGGAGGAGCCACUUGUGCCCCGCCCACGCGGGCCUAACUUUGCCAUGCAUGCCGAACUGGCCGCCCAGGGCUUGUCUAAGUGGUCGGAGCCAGUUUCAGAGGGGCCGUUGAGUACUGCGGACCUCUACGAAGCCAACGCAAGAGCCCAUGCAACGUUUGCGAGAUGGGCAGUCAGUGCCAGCCAGAGGCACAUGGCACAAGCCUUUGAGCAGAGGCAAGCGGAAGCUUCGACUCCUGAGGAUGAGGCAGCAGAGCGAGCCGUUCAGCGCGCAAGCGAAAGCAUUGAGCAGGCAGUGCAGCAGGACAUCCUUCUGGAAGAGCUGCGCGGUGGGACAGCAUGGCCUCCGCCGCUUCUCCCACCACGGCCGGUCCUCCCCGGCGACGACGGAUGGCAGGAGCGAGUGCGGCAAUCAGGGCGGCUUUUCGCAUCGGCGUCUGCAGCCGCUGACAUGCAGGAGGAGCAGGUGCUCUUUGUGCAGAGCGACGGGGUUUCCACAAGCUUUCAUGCACAUGCUCCGGAAGGCACGGCAUGGGUCCCUGUUAGGCGCUUGCAGCGCGAGCUUCAGCUGAUUCAGCAGUCGCCGAAUGCCCAGGUGGCUGUGAAGCCUUCAAGCGCGUCUUUGCUGGAGUGGCAUUUCGUCCUGCAUUCCCUGCCUGCCGAUAGUCCUUACAGCGGCGGAUGCUACCAUGGCAGGCUUCUAUUUCCCAAUGGUUACCCGCAUGCCCCACCGACAGUGGUCAUGGUGACCCCAAGUGGGCGGCUGGAGACGGGUUGCCGCUUGUGUCUGAGCAUGACUGACUUUCACCCAGAGAGCUGGAAUCCGGCCUGGUCGGUUGACACGAUCCUGACGGGCUUGUUGUCCUACUUUCUCUCUGAUGCAGAAUCGGGCUACGGAUCGAUCAGGGCUUCCUGGGAAACGCGGCGAGCGUUUGCAGAAGAGUCCUGGGCCCACAACCUCUCAGACCCCGACUUUACGCAGCUCUUUCCGGAGUUUCGCAGCCCUCAGCAGAGUUUGCCCUCCGCUCGACAAGCUUCCAGCCAGACAGAAUCGCAGGCUCGAGAGUGCUGGAUCUGUCGAGAUUCCGGCCCCGAACCGCUGAUCUACCCUUGUGCUUGCCGCGGUCCCAGUGAUUUUCACAUUGGACAUGGCAGCGGCCCGACGUCAGCCCGGAUGCUUCCAUCAUGUUGCAAGCAAUCCCGAAACCAUUUUGGACCGAAGUUUUGGUGUGUGGUGCUGGCCGAGCACUACCUUCAUGUGAUGAGGCGCCGACGGCUUGUAGCCUUGGCCGUAUGGCCUGUGCUGGCCCUUCUUUGGCCGCAGAAGGUCUUUGUCGUUCCGCGAGCUGAGGCUCCAGGGGCCUCGGAUGCGACGUCCAAGUUUCAUUAUGCAGAAUCCAAGGCUCCAAGCCUGGAAGAGGCUCCGGAGAUGAGCUAUGUCUCCACCGUCCGGUCAAUGGCAGGCGUGGUGCUUGGUCUUCUCUUGGCCGUGGCUGCAGCCGCAUCUGCCAUGGCAGAGGACGGCUCUCCGACAGGCUUUGCAGAGUUCGCCCGCAAGGGAGGCAAGAUGGAUGCCGACGUCGGCUGCUUCUUCAACCAGUGUGGGAAGCAAACAAAGGCGUGCUUUGUUGAAGACGGGCGAUGUUUGAAAGGCGCCACGUGUCUUGCGAGAUGUCGCGGAGACCCAGAAUGCGCCACGCAGUGCUUUGCAGAAUUUGGCUGUCCCAGGCUUGAUGCCUGGCUGAACUGCACAGUUGAGAAGGAACAGUGUGUCAGCGUUCCCGCUGGGACUUACGAUGUUCGGAAGUUCUAUGCCGAGCAAAUCCCAACGAAGCUCAAAGACUUCGAUGUCCGCAAGCUAGAAGGCAAAUGGUACAAAGUCCGUGGUUACAACAAGAAGUACGACUGCUACCCAUGCCAGACCAACGUUUUCAAGUACAACGCGGCAGAGAAUACCAUGGAAACCGAAGUCUCGCUUCGACUUGCGAGGCUGCGAUCUGGAGGAUACUGGGAGAACACACUGACUGAAAAGAUGCAAAUCCAAGCUCCGAGCGACCGCAGUACCUUGUUUGCCAAAGGCGAAAUCUUCGGCCUCUCCUUCCAAGAGGAGUGGUACGUUUUGGCUGCUGACGAAGACUUCGUGCUGACGGCAUAUGUGGGCAAUAAUCUGCAGGAUGCUUACCGAGGCGGCUUCGUCUAUGCGCGAACGCCCGUGCUUUCUGCAGCAGCAGAAGCCAAAGUGAGGGCGGCAGCAGAAAAGAACGGAUUUGACUGGUCGAAGUUCUGCAUCAUUGACAACGCUUGCCCUGCACAGCCUCCUGUUGAUUAUACGCCUAUGUCCAUGAACCUGGACGACGUGCAGGACCUCUUUGAAUGGUUUGCACCUGGCUCCACGCGUGGUGGGACGGUCAAGGACUCCAACUUCAAUGGUGAGUACUGA